CAACCACACUCGACUGAAACCUCAGAAACCAAAAGACUUCCAUGUCAAGUGACGACAUCCUAAUGGGUAACGCCGAUGCAGACAACGCCGGCGAGCUCCUUGUCUGGCCGUGGACUGGCGUCCUCGCCAUGACCACUGCCGACGGUGACGCCACGAGUACCCUCGCCUUCCACGCUCAACAGCACUUCGCCGGCAUCGCAACCACCGCGCUCCAAGAGGAGCCAGCCAGCCACCACCAGCACCAGGACUUCUUGCUGCUCCACUUCGGCAAGAACUGGGCGGGCCUCCGGGACGCCAUGUCCCUCGCACGCCACUUCGCCGGCGCCGGGAGGAGGGAGUGGCAGAGGCGCGGCGAGGGCGAUAGCACCGGUGGCGGCGUGUUCGGCUGGGCCGCCGAGGAGGAGGACCUUCUCGGCGACAACGCGGUAGGGAGGUUCCUGAGGGAGUCCGGCGUUGCGGCGAGGAGCGUGGAGGAAGUCCAGAAGGACGAGACGAUCGUCGCCGCCAGGCUCGGCGGCGUGGCCAGCGAGUACGAGCGGAGGGCCAGGUUUUUGGAAGCCAAGUGCGAGGAGAUGGUCUGGAUGAUGCACAUGGUGGAGGAGGAGAACAGCUGCCUCCAUGGCGAGCUCAAAGUAUCUGAAGGAUGGAAGACAAUAGCUGACAAUAUCAUACCACAGAUGAAUAAUGGCAUCCAUGAGGAGAAUGAGAAGCUCAGGGUAGAGCUGGAUGCAAUUGGGAGAGAGAUCGAGUCAAGGGUGGAAAGAAUCCAGGAGCUCAAGGAUGGCAGAACCAAACUGCAUUGCAGCAAAGUGCAGAAGCUUGUUUUCGAGAUCAACUCAUGGGAGAUGGCAGGUAGAGAGGCCAAGGCGAGUGACCAUGCUCAAAUGCUUCAUGAAAAACAUAAGGAAGAAAUGGAAACCAUUUACGCAAAAGUAAUUCAACUUGAGAAGGAGGUGGAGCGAAGGGAAGCACAAGUGUCUGCAAUACGUCUGCUGAACAUGAAACUACAGGCUGGGGAAAACCUAACAAAGGAAGAAUGUCAACAUCUUUAUAAAUUAAUGAUAAUUUUGAAUAAUUGUCUAGAGCAAGAACGUGAAAGGUUGAAAAAUUCAUUUGUUGACCUAACCAAAAGAGAUCGGCUGAACAGAGACGUGCUUCAAGAGAGUCGUCAAGAAUUGAUUAAGGGUUUGGAGAGCAUGAUGAUUGGUGGGAAUACGGUUAUUGGGAUCAAAAGGAUGGGACAACUUGAUGAAAAGCCCUUUCACCAUGCAUGCAAGAGGAAAUACAGGGAUGACGAUCCAGAGGGUAAAGCUGCAAGGUUGGUCUCAAGUUGGCAGGAUGAACUAAAGAAGACAUCCUGGCAUCCGUUUAAAACUAUUCAGGUCGAUGGAGAAGACAAGGACGUUGUGGAUGAAGACGAUCCAAAAUUGAGACAGUUGUGGACCGAGUACGGCGACAACGUCUGCAAUGCAGUGAAGGUCGCCCUGAGAGAGCUCAACGAGUACAGUCCUCACGGACGGCAUACCGUGAAUGAACUCUGGGACUUCAGGGAAGCGCGGAAGGCAACAAUGGCAAAGGUGGUGAAGCAUAUUUUCGAGCAGCUGAAUACGAGCAGUUAGCGGCAGCGCAGGGGUCCAAGCUAUGGCAUGUCUGACAUCUAGAGGUCUUGGCGUGUAUGUCCUGUAGGGUCUGUCUGGUUUGAUCUUGCGCACUAACACUUCUCUGGGAAGGAGCUAUAUCCAGUCCACUAUCUCAGAUUCUGAAGUGUGUAAAAUCAAAUAGGCAUCAGUCGGCUAUGCAUAUCUGUAAGUCAUACAACUGUAGGCUGCAACAUUAUGCUGCUUCCCUCCUAAACCAAAACAUUCAGGCAACUUUGUAUCCUAUGCCAGGUUUUAUACUAUUAGCCAUGUGUAGUUUGGGUAGUUUACAUAACUUAACCUUUUCUAGUCCAAU